GAGUUAUUAAGAUCUAAGCAAACGAAAUGCUCCCCGUGCCUCGGCCCUUCCGUUCUCGCUCUCGCUCCUCGCCGCGGCCCAGCCCCCCUGCUCCAGUCCGGGGUGCCCUCGCGUCCCCACUGCCCAGUCUGGACCUCUCCAAGCACCGUUGAGGUGAUCCCCACGCGGGGGCGUAGGAAGACCGGCGGCCGCGGUCUGGACCGCGCCCACACCCGCCACGCGCGGCACCUGCUCGACGGAAUGCCGGCCUCGCCGCCAGACGCCAUCUUCUGCGCCACCAACGCGCGCGUCUAACCGCGGCAGCGCCGGCCUUUCCCCAGUGCGAGCGUGCGCUUCUUUGGCGCGGCGGCACGGUGCCGUCCCCGAGAAUCCAGAGGUCACAGCGGUGAACGAUAAAAGGGGGGAAAAUGGAAAAGAUAAAGUGCCGCUAUUUACCUAGGGAAAAAACCCCCAGAAAGGCAGCUCGGUUUUCGCAGAUCGACCAGAUCGCCGCCUCCUGCUUUCCCUCAAUCCCUCGCCCUAAUUGCUGAAGGAGAUUUCUGCGGCAGAAAAGCAGUCUCACCGCCUAAACCGCUGUGGUCGCCGCCUAUCACAGUGGUACCGCGCGGCGCCGCUCAUCACAGUACACCGCGCGGCGCCGCCGAAGGAGAAGACGACUUGGGGGUGGAGUGCCUGCCGGUGUGCCUGACCCAGCUCGAGGACGGGGAGCUAGGAGGCGAGGUUCCUUUCCAAUUCUUGCAUCUUCCGUCUAGCUAUUUUCGAUCAGGUCAAUACAAUAGGUUGUGUGUGUUUGGUUUGUGCCAAGUCAGGUCUGGCUCUCUGUAAUGUGUAAUGGCUAUGCUCUCGAGUUGGCUGUAAGUGGGGCUGUUACUGAUCUGAUCAGGCAAAGUUCUUGCUCAACUUUUGCAUCUUUCAUGUAGCAUUUCUUGACCAGAUCAAUGCCUUUGCGUGUAAACGUUACGUUGUUAGCGCAACCGGAGCACCGUUACUGAUUUGAUCAUCUCGUUAAGUUCAGCAUGAAGUUCACAAGUUCAUGGAAUGGAUGAUGGGAUUGGUGGCGUUCAAGAAUCAAGUGACAUGUCUAUUUCGAGCGAUGACGACGGCAUUAAGCAACAAAGGGAAAGCAAUGUGGAGCUUGCAUACGGCCGUGCUGAAGCUCAACCAGAUGGAUCACUUGGAGAACCUGAAGUGGGGAUGUCCUUUGGUACCGAGAAUGAGGUGAGAGAGUACUACAGCACAUAUGCUAAAGCAAAAGGCUUUGGUGUGACGAGAAGGAGCUCAAACCGUGAUGAUAAUGGACAACUGAAGUACCUUACGUUUUCCUGCUCUCGCUAUGGUAAGGCUCAGCCCAACUCAGGAAAUAUGUUGAAGCCAAGUCGAACAGCCGGGACAGGAUGUAAAGCUAAGAUCAAUAUUACCCGUGCUCCUGAUGGGAGGUUUCAUCUUUCGACGGUCAUUUUGGAUCAUAAUCAUACAUUAAGUCCACUUAAACCUCGGCGGUUCAGAUGCAACAAAAAGUCAGACUUUCGUGUCAAGCGAAGGCUUGAGCCGAAUGGCCCGGCUGAAAUACGAGUAAACAAGAGUUCAACCAUACCUCGUGUCACACACUUUGACAUUGAGAAGCAAUUUCAAUCAGCCUAUACAAAUUCGAAGUUCAAAGAAUUUCAAGAAGAGCUAACACAAACUAUGUACUGUGAUCGGAAGUUGAUGGAAAAGGAGGGGGCGAUAGAAACGUAUGAAAUCACCGAGGAUGUGCUGAUUGACGAAGAUAAAGGAUGGAGAAAAGAUGUUGUGCACCAUGUAUACUUCAGUGAGGAAGAGUUUGAAGUUAAGUGUUCAUGUCGCCGCUUUGAGUUCACUGGUAUUCUCUGUAGGCAUGUGUUAUGUGUGCUCACUCACAAGAAAAUCAAGGAGGUUCCUCCACAAUACGUCUUUGAUCGGUGGAAAAAAAAUGUGAACAGAAAGCACAACUUUAUCAGAUGCACAUAUGGCGGCAUGGAAGACACUCCUGCUGCAGAACGUUUUGAUAGAUUGUGCAAUUCUUUCUACCCAGUUGCAGAGAUAGGCGCCAUGUCAGAUGAUUCAUGCAAUGCUUUGAUGGAAGAGCUUCACACCCUGAAAAUUCGAUUCUCUAGCAACUCAAGUUCUGAAAAUGGUAAGGAACAUGUUGCUACACGGGAAGAUGCACCUUCGAAUGGAAAGUCAACAAGUAAAACUAUACCAAGUCCAAUAGCUGUCAGGUGUGCUGGAUGUCCUCCUUCACUGAGAAAAGAAUCUAUGCUUGAUAAGCUUAUUUGUCAAGCAAACGAAAAGAAGAAGGAAGCUGAACAAAAGGCUUCCUCCACGAAUUUGAACAAGAAAAGGCCCCGGAAAAAUAGAAAAUCAUCAGUGGAUGAUAUUCUAGAACAACAUGUUAUGGAACAUUCGAGUCAGCAACCUGUUUGUUUGGAUGGCCCAGCUAGUAGCAUUACAUCUCAGAGAACAUUUGACUUGGCUAUUACCACUAGCAACAUAAAUCCAUCUGUGACAGCUACAAUACCAUCCGGAGGUUCAUCGACAAUGGUUAUGCCUCAAAUUCUUGGAGAAUACACACUUAUGCCAUUUCAAGUUCAACAAGGAUCGGCUAUAGUGUCCAGCUCUGCAGAAUUACACUUUGAUGGAAUUGGAGGGCUCAACAAUACGGUGGAUCGGAGUUAGACAGGAUUUAUGUAAUUUGAAGAUGUUGGAUGCUGUAUUUUUAGUGUAGUAGCUGUAGCUGAUAGGCACCAGGGCACUAGAAUGUAGACACAUUUAUGUUUAUCUUCUGGUCUCUCCCCUAAGUACUAGAACUGAUUACAAAAUUAUUAUACAUUUGCAAUUUUUUAAGGA